CCCAGUCAAGAAGUACAAUACAGUGUCCUCAGGCAAUCAGGCAAUCAGGCAAACCCAGAUAGAUUUAACCUUGAAAACAGAAUUAGAGUACCCUCCGUCGAGUCGGUGCUUCUUACCCACGUAUAGGCUCUCCACCUCAACUCCAACAUGCCACGACAAAGAUCCCAAUCCACUCCAAAGUUCGUUUAUCCGCUCCCCCGUGAAGACGAUCUCGAUACCACAAAGACGACGACCACCACCACCACCACCACCCAGCUCAUCAAGAGCGGCAAUCAUGCCCACAAUUACGACGUCCCCAGCCCCGCCAAAAACCCACGCCCAAAUUGUAUGUUAAGUAAGGUUUGGAGCCAUUCCGAGGUGCUGACGUCUCCGCCUCCCGGAUUUCCCGUCCUUCGUACGUACUUCGUACUCGAGUUGGUGAACAACUCGCGAGGUCUCCACUUCUGCGUAAGGGUUGGGUUUGUUUGCGAGUACGAAUCUCUCUUCGUUUGUCCCCCGCACUCUGUGUUUUGUAUGUGGGCAUCGGUUUUGCUGGGGCUGUACUACUCUGGGGGGGCUGUGGUUAUGCUUACAAUAAGGGAAAGGAAUGAUUCUACAAUGGAAGAGGGGGAAAAGGUUUUGCUUGUCUGUUCUUGUUUCCAUUCCACACGCUCUGGGGAAAGUAGCUAUCUAAAGGGGUUGUACAGGAGAUAGUUUUCGUUUCAUUUGUUCGUUCAUAUGUGAAGAAUGAAUGGUUGCAUGGUCAGGUACAUGAGCUUUGGCUUCGAUUAUGCUGCGCUGCGGUGGAUGAGGAUCCAGAAUUGCUGUGUUGAAGUUUGGAUGGCAGACAAGACAAAAGAAAAAAAAAAUAGAAAAAAAAGUAGAUGCCAUGCGAUCUUGAUCCAGUACUGAAUCAGCUUGCGAACAUAGCGAUUGGGGUAUCAUGUUGAA